CUCUCCUGCAGUAAAUAACCGAGUUUUACUAUAUUUUGGUUCACAUAGGAAUACAAGUUGCGAAAAUGGCACAAAGUAAAUUGAACGAUUUGGCCGGAAAAUUCGGCAAAGGUGGACCACCGGGGCUGACCACCGGACUGAAAGUGCUGGCCGCGGUCGGAGCAGCAGCCUACGGUAUCAAAAACUCCAUGUACACCGUUGAAGGUGGCCACCGUGCGAUCAUAUUCAACCGUAUUGGCGGUGUCGGCGAUGAUGUGUUCGCAGAAGGAUUGCACUUCCGAGUCCCCUGGUUCCAGUAUCCGAUCAUCUACGACAUUCGGUCGCGCCCACGCAAGAUUUCCUCCCCGACCGGUUCGAAGGAUCUGCAGAUGGUAAACAUUUCGCUGCGUGUGCUUUCACGGCCCGAUGCCCGCAAACUGCCCGUCAUGUACCGUCAGCUUGGUCAGGACUACGACGAAAAAGUGUUGCCCUCGAUUUGUAACGAGGUGCUGAAGAGUGUGGUGGCCAAGUUCAACGCCUCGCAGCUAAUCACCCAGCGUCAGCAGGUGUCGCUGCUGAUUCGUCGGGAGCUGGUAGAGCGGGCGGCUGAUUUCAACAUCAUCCUGGACGAUGUGUCUCUGACGGAGCUGAGCUUCGGCAAGGAAUAUACGGCGGCCGUCGAAAGCAAACAGGUCGCGCAACAGGAAGCCCAACGGGCUGCUUUCUUGGUGGAACGCGCGAAACAAGAACGCCAGCAGAAGAUCGUCCAGGCGGAGGGAGAGGCGGAAGCGGCCAAAAUGUUGGGUAUUGCAGUUGGCGAAAAUCCCGGCUACCUUAAGCUGCGAAAGAUUCGUGCCGCACAGAACAUUGCUCGAACGAUCGCCAACUCGCAGAACCGCGUCUACCUCUCUGCCAACAGUCUGAUGUUGAACAUCCAGGACGACAACUUCGACGAAAUGUCGAAGAAGGUUUCAAGUGGUCGUCGGCAGGACGGAUGGUUUUCCUCGCCAGCAUCAUCGCCUGCUACGACGUCUUCAAAUGUCGUAGAAAAAACACCUUCGAAUGCUUCUCCGGUGCCUCUGCAUUCCGUAACAUCUGAAUCCAAGGAGUACGACGAGAGUUUGAUUCAAAUAGUCGCCGGAGAAACCGUUGAUCGAUUGAAAGGCAACGUGCUGUAGUAGGAAAGUUCAUGUAUGCCACAAGAGAAUCUUCCAGUUAGGGCUUUCUUUCAUCGUUAAAAUGCAUUUGAUACAGUUACGGUUGCUUCGUUGUACGAUUCACUAUUAAUACGAUUGAUUUGUAUUUCUUUUUGCUGUCUAUAUGUGGUACCUUUAUCUUGUUGUAUAAGUUCAUAGCUAGCCAUUUUGUUGCCAUCUGUGGCACACACACGCGUCCACAAUUUUUCCUUAUUACUUUUUAUUACCGAAUGACGAUGAUGAUCGUGUUAUGUUAGCUUGCGAGAAAUGCAAUGAAAUUCAUUCUUGUGUUGAAACGAAUAAACUGUUUUAUAAAUCCGUAGAAAACCUGAAAAAUGUGUUGCUUAAGUUUUGCCUGUUCUGUUUUGUGUAAAGGGAUCGUUAUGGAAAGUGUUCAUUUUGGUAUGUUUCGUUUGUUCGUUCCGUUACUGUAUAAAAACUUUCCCUGAACAGUUUAUUAGUUUGUUGAGUAGCAGAAUCGGUUUUCAAGUUAAUCUAUUAAUUUGUCCGUUCGCUAUGGUUUCGACGGGGUUUUUGUUGGCAGUGUUUUUGUUUUCUUCGUCGAGCACACAUCAGGGACCCGUAGUUUUUGCUAUUUUAUGUUGCUUCCAGUUUCUAUUAAUGCAUCAGCUUGUGAAAAACGUUACUUUAUUUAGGUUUUACUUGGUUAUUCAUUAUGUGCAUUCUAAUUGGCUGAUUUGUUAGAUUUACGGAACACGGCUGCAGACCAAAAGCGUAUUAUGGGGCCAUUUAUUCGAAUUUCGGGGUAUUCUGUUUGUUGAUUCUCGCCGACUCGUUCUCUAUUUGGAUGUUUGCGUUGGUUCUCUAAAAGGGAUGUAAUAGAUUGCUGAUCCUUCAACUUCACUUCCAAUUG